AUGGAUAUAAAGACCUUGCUGGACAAUCUUCAUGAUGAAGUAUCCUGUUCUGUGUGUAUGUGUACAUUUACUGAUCCAAAGCAGUUGCCUUGUUUGCACAAUUUCUGUCUUAACUGCCUAAACGGAGUUCAACGAACGAGCGGCGUCCGUGGUAAAAUUACAUCCCCCGAGUGUAGGAGACAGUUUCAGAUUUCUGGAAGUGGAACUCCCAGCGAACUUCCCACCAAUUUUCGAAUUAACAGCCUGCUAGAUGUCUUAGCAAUAAAAGAGUGCAGUACAGUCAACGUCAAGUGUAGAAACUGCGACAAACGAAGCGCCCAGACUUUAUAUUGCUUCCAGUGUUGUUCCUUCUGGUGUGAAGAAUGUAUUGUAGGACAUAACAUAAUGCGGGAAAAUAAAGACCACAGAACGCUAGCGCUGAAAGAUUUUCAAGAUCAAGACAUCAAAGCUGUAUUAGAGCGACCAACAUUUUGUCAGAAGAAACACCAUGAAAACAAAGAGCUGGAGCUCUUUUGCAGGAACUGUAAAGUCGCCAUUUGUAGCGCUUGUGCCAUGACACUUCAUGAAGGUCAUGGUAAGAUGCUUUUGCAAGAAGCUACAGAUGCCCGCGAGACACAGAUCAACUCCACUAUUAAAUCUUUGAAAGAUAAAGCACUGGAAAAACGAAAGGAAGUCGAAAAAAUCAACCAAAAGAGCGCUGAAUUUCAAUCGCAAGUAGCCGAAGUAAAAAGCCAAGUGCAUUCUUGUGUAGACCAAAUUAUUGCAAUCAUCGAAGCGAGGAAACAAGAUGUUUUUGAGAAGAUUGAUGAUCAAACUAAAAAAUCACUCGGAUCUCUUUCAGAGAAAAAAAGCGAAGUUGAAAAACAAGUGAAAUUAAUUGAAUCAGCAAUUGAACAAACUGAAACUCUGUUGAAACGAAGCUUUAGUACUGAAAUCCUUGGAUUCAGUGAAACAUUUGAUACAAUCCUACAGGAACAGAGCACCCAAGGAAACUGUGACACUGAAUAUAUUCCUCGCUUUAGUUUCACUAAAAGUGAAAAACUGAUUAACCAGUUGAGCAUGAGUGAGGGGAUAGGUAAUGUAGAAUUUGUUUUUAGCGAAUUUAAAGCAAAACAAUCAGGUACUAAAGGUAAAGAAAGUAGUAAAGUAAUUUCGGGGAAUAAAGGGGCAAAUGUUCAUGACACUAGUCCUCUUGAGACUCAGGUUCAAACCAGGCGCUUCAGAUCUGUGCUGUCAUUUGGACAAAAAGGUAAGUCUGUUGGAAUGCUUAAGGGGCCCUGGGGUGUGGCAGUGAAUGAUCAGGGUGAAAUUGCUGUGACUGAAUACUGGAACCACAGGGUUUCAUUGUUUAGUAGUGACGGUACCCACUUAAGAUCGUUUGGUAGAUUCGGUAAGAAUAAUGGUGAGUUUAAGUACCCUUCAGGGAUCGCUUUUGAUAGUCUUGGUAAUAUUGUAGUGGCAGACUAUGUUAACCACAGAGUGCAAGUAUUUGAUAGCAAUGGUAACUUUCUUAGUAAGUUUAGUAAACAAGGAAGUCGUGAUAAAUAUCAGCUUAAAUACCCUGAAGGUUUAUCAAUAAACGGUAAUGGUGAUCUUAUUGUUACUAGUCAGGGUAACAAAUUAAUCAAGAUAUUCUCUUCUAGUGGGGAGUAUUUACGUAAAUUUGGUGGAGCAGGUUCUUUGGUCAGUCCCCAUCACUGUAUUCAACAUGGCCAAUAUUUUAUGGUCUCAGAUUAUGGUGAUCAUUCCAUUAAAAUUUUUAAUAUUGAGGGAAAGUUUAUUUCUAAAUUUGGAAAACAGGGAAACAAGCAUGGAGAGUUCAAUAAGCCCCGUUGCUUGUCAGUUAACAAAGAAGGAUUGUUAAUGGUCUGUGAUGGAAGUAAUCACAGAGUUCACGUAUUUGAAGUGAGUGGAAAGUUUGUUACAAAGUUUGGAAGUGAGGGUAUUGAGGGAGGAGAGUCUAAGUUUCCAGUGUCUACGGCAAAUCUUAGUGAUGGAAGGAUAGUUGUGUGUGAUAAGAACAAUGACCGAAUCCAGGUUUUUGACAAGAUAUAAUAUGAUCUUACCAGUGGUAUUAUUGGGGAAAGGCCAAAUUGCUUAUCUAGAAUAAGAAAAUGCAAUGUGUAGUUACAGGAAAUAUCCAUAACCACCCCCCCCCCCCUCCCCCCACACACACACACAUACGGAAAUUCCGAGGGGAGGGGGAGUUCAAAAGAAGGCAAUUCCCGAGGGGUUGGGGGGUUGCUUACAGAGGUUUUUUCCAGGGGGUCUGAGUAAGGUUGGUUGGUGAGUUGUUUACAGGUUAACCACUCAGCGACUGAAUUAUCGGGAUUUACCUGCACGAGAUCCCCAACAAUGAACGAGAAAUUUCAAUACCGUACGAGUUCAUUGUUAGUGAAUGAGUAACAGGUAAAUCCCGAUAAUUAUUUUACGAGCAAUGAGUGCGUUAACAUUUAUAUAAUUUAUAUUAUGAGUUUAAGUGUCCAGUGUCUGCAGCAAAUCUUAGUGAUAGAAGGAUAGUUGUGUGUGAUAUGAACAACAACCGAAUUCAGGUUUUUGACAAGAUAUAAUAUGAUCUUAUCAGCGGUAUUUAAUGGCAGAUCCAGACCCUCAGAUAGGGGGGGGGGCAGUCAUCCAGACCCUCACAUAAGGGGGAGCCCGGUCUCCAAAAAAAUUUUAUUCGUCCUUCAGGCCUCAUUUUGGUCGAAAAAUAAGAGGGGGGCUUCCCCUGGAUCUGCCACUGGUAUUAUUGUUGUAUGGUUCAAAUUGCUCAAAUCUAGAAUAAGAAACUGUGAUUUUUCGAACAACACCAUCUCAUGAGGUAUUUGUCACUGUUGACCUUUCUUAGUUGUGGGUGGGGCGCAUUUGGUUGUUCUCACGCGUAGUUUGUAUUUUCUGUGAAUGUUACAAUACAUUAUACAAUCGUGGCUGCAAUAGUAGCUGUAAUAAUAGCUGUAAUAAUGGCUGAAAUGACGUUCAACUUCUAAAUAUAUUUUGUUAUCCUUUUUUCAUAUGUACUGUAGUCUCAUUUAAUUUCCGAUUAUAGUUUAUUAAGGAGUUUAAAUUGUUUGGUAUCAAAAUUGUUUUUUAUGUUGUACACCUUUUCAUUUAAUUUCUUUCCAGCAGUUGCUAGUUGUUAGCCAGUGUAUUUUUGGAAAUAUUAUUCCCGAGCCCUUAGCUCAAGUACGGUUUUUUUCUAAACAGGUCCGUUAAUUAUAACAUACAUUAACCGAAUUGUAUAACGAUUUGUUGAAAACGCACUAAAGGAUAAUCAAAAAUAAAGAAUGCUUUUUUGUUCAAAUUUUAUCGUUGUCAAUGAGACCGUCAUGUGUUGAAGAAUGGACCAGUGUGUCCAGUGUCCAGUGAUCAUCUGAGUCACGUGUAGGUCAACUGAGCAGUUUGCAGGACAAGGCAACAGCACAUUGGAACCCCCCUUUAAGGACACCCGCUUAAUACAGACACCUCAUUUUUGCCCCUGGGGAAAAAAGCCCUUACAUUUUCUCUUGAUUCAACCCCCUUAAUUCGGACACUUUCUAUGCCCCCCCUCAGUGUCUGUAGUAACGGGGUUUGACUCAGUUCAUUUAGUUAGUUAUUUUAAGACCCUCAGUAUUGGUCCGGUCCCGUGACUUUCCGCUCCUGCAGUCAAACGCUCUACAGGCUGAGUUAAUCGUUUCGUUGAGGUAGAUAUCUGUUACAUCUACCAUAAACGCUUCAGUUUAGUGCAUGAACAACAAGCUGUAUGCAAGUGUAGCCUGCGUAGCAAGCGCAUGAAGGGGAGGGGAGAGGAAGGACAUGGGAGCAGAUAAGGUUAUCUCCAUUCCUCCCCUCUUGUCUCCUCCCCUCUCCUCUCCACUUCUCUGGUCCUUAUUUUAUGUUAUCUUAUCUAUUUAGCAAUAUACGGCCCCUUUAUUGCAGAACUCUCCUUAAUCCCCUCCCCUCUCCCUACUCGCCCUUUUUUUCUGUUUUCCACACAGGUAAACCCUAUCGUAUCCUUGAGCAAUGAUAAUUUCUCUCCUUAACUCUUCCACAUCAAGUCUUCUCUGAGGGCCCCAGGGAAGGGACUCCCAUAUAAAAGUGAAGGGGAUGCUCGCCGUCUCGCUUUCGGGUGUAAAUUGCAGAUGUUGAUCUCACUUUUCUGUUUGGGUUGUAAAGUUACUAUAUUUGGAAUGCCCAUUUAGGUAUGGCUUAGUUACUGUGCAUUAAGAAACUAAAAAAAAAAUGCACAGACACUGGCCACACAGAAAUCACCCUUAGGGGUCAGUUGAAGCUUGAGCCACACCCACAUAUAAUAUAUAGAUUUAGCCAGGGCUAAAAGCGAAGCUCUCGAUAAUAUUUAUAGUUUGUUCAAACAAAAUAUAAAAUCGUGUAAUGCUAAGCGGCGAAGACAACGCCGGAGAACGGAGAAAAAACAACAAUAGGUCUAAUUAGCAAAAAAGCAACUUUGCACGUGCAGCACACUUUUUUUGUACAUUUCUUUGCCGUUGUUUUGCACGACCACAACGUGAAACGUCCAGAAACUUUUUUAUGGAGGAAGUGUCGUACGUGUUCUCGUUCACUUUUUUUUUCACUGCCGCUCAUUUUCUCCUUGCAUUGGUGGCCGCUAGCAUUUCUCAUUUUGUCACCGCCGCUACAAAAUUUUCAUGUUCUUCUUCAAACAAAAAAUGUCUGCUUUGUUUUUUUAUCUCUCGCUCUAGAUCUCUGUUGCCCUUUUUCUCGUUGAGUUUCGCUGGCCUGCCUCUUUUUCUCUGUCUUUCUCUGGCCCUAUAUUCCAAAUGUGUGGACAUGACAAUAAUCUGAGCUUAAUACUUUAGAAAACACGAAUACAGAAACAAUUUACGCUUUUCGGUUUUGUCUUUAUUGACUCUUUAGUUGCCUCUGCUUUACAGACGCGGGUGGCUAUGCGAUUUCCCUCCUAAAUAACCUCGAGUUGCAUUUGGGUUACCAUACCUGUUGAUUGAGUUAUUUCACAUUGGUAUGCCUGUGGUGCGGACGGACGGUCGGGCGUACGGUCACGUGAUUACCAAAUUUUCUUGGAUGGGUAGUUUACCACAUUUUCUUACCCAUGGUGCUCCGCAGGCGCGCUUCGCGCGCCAGAGCUCCGCUAUAAAAGGUUUACCAGUAAUUUGAAUUUUCCAACGAGCAUCCCCGUCACUUUAAUAUGGGCGUUCCCGCCUCGGGGUUUCAAGUAUCCAAAUACUGGUCUUGGAGAUCCAAUCGGUUGUCGUUUACCACGGGCUUUUGGCGUCCAAUAGGUUGGUAAUCAAAACAGACGAGAUGUAAUGAACCUAAAGAAUAAUGUGUGAUUUUGUGUAGGACCCCUCCAAGGUUCCAUCGUGGCUGCAUGUGUGUUCAUCGCAGUUUAGUUCCUGACCAGGGGGGACUCCGUAUAUGAAAGGGGUGGGGAUGCUCGUCGUCUCCUUAGGGGUGUAAAUUUCGGAUUUUGCUGUCGCUCAGGGUGUUCUUGGCAAAACACUAUUGUAUUUAGCCGUAAAGGUCUCUUUUAGGGUUGCACUCGAAGAAAUAUUAAAAAAUUAUAUAUUUUCGAUUCGUUUUAUGUACUCGAUUCAUGUAAUCAAAGUUUAACAUAAUCGCUUUUAGGGGUCAAAAAAGGUUAGGCCACGCCCAGAUUGGUCUCCUUUAGGGGUUUAAUUCAAAAUUUCCGACGAGCAUCCCCACCCCUUUCAUAUGCGGAGUCCCCUCCCCGGGGUUCCUGACUUCGUUAUCGCAGAUCCAAAGGUACAAGCUUAAUUACUGGAUAAUAAUCAACUACUAUGCGUUUUACAAAGAAAUUAAAGUUUUUCACUCUAAAAUGAGGAAUAACACUUUCGGGUUUACAUAGGGUGUUAGUAUGAAAUUAUUCCCUAAUUUCACGAGUAUGCCAUUUGAUUACCUAUUAAUAUCAUGGGUGACGAAUUACGUUAGCAAUCUUGGAUUUUUGACAUGUUUAUCCUGGAUCGUAUCGAUCGAGAACUCCACUCUCUCAAAUGUUUAGACCUUAAAUUUGGCUUAUAAAGUUCAGAAUUUUUCAGACUUUUUCGGAAAAAUACCUGUUAGAAUCCUUCUUGAUGUUCUCCUUUGUGUUCAGGUUUUCUAAAGCGUAUUUUUAUGCCCUGACAUCUUCGUUCACGGCAUUUUAAAACUUCGUCGCCAUCUUGACACUGAGACGUACGGAAGGGUUGCCAUGGCAAUUUUGUAAUUUCACAUGUGAAAUUACAAAUUAACGCUGAAAUUUCGCGCCAAAAUUAAGGAGUAAUUCGUCACCUAUGAUAUUAUAGUGGAAUACGACGUAGCGAAUUGGCUUUGAAAUGCACUUUAACUACGCGAAGAAAAACACCUACUUCCAUCACAUAAAAUGCUCAGAUAGGAAGGAACAUCAGUUCCUUUACAAUGGAACGCCACUGGCCACAAUUUGUCUUGAAUAAGAAAUUUGAGACUCUUUCGCAGCAAAAUUGCCGUCACAUAUUGAUUGUUGUCUUGUUUUGUUACAAUCAGUUCGCGCGGGAGUCCCAUUUCAAUCACCGCGAGUAGCGAGGUCGCUGGCGACAAAAAUUCCCUCGCGAGACGGCUGAGCCAUUGGAAAGCUGUCCCGUCCGACGGAAAAGUACAUUCUGUCUUGUAUUUAUGUUUCUGAAGAAAGACCCAGUAUGGGAGAUAACAGGAACAGAGUCUAGUAAGUCAGCAACUCACACAGCUGAUGGAAUAUCAAUCAGGUUCCCACGGGUGACAAGGAUCAGAGAUGAUAAUCGGCUACUUUACAGUUGUGGGCUUGGUGUCCUAGCCUUUGAGUGAACGUGAGGCUAAGGUUGACCUUGUUUUGAUACAAACCUCCUUCCUUUUCUAAUGGAAAUUUUGCUUAAAAGAUACUAGUUAGCAUAACUACAACAAGUUUUGCAUAAUAAAGCAAGAAGGGUUGUAUCAAAACAAGGUCAACUCCAGCCUCGUUUGCAACUGUAACUGUAAAAUGGGCUAUUAAGGACUGUGAAAUUGCUAAUGAUAUGCCCCAUCUUAGGGUGAGCUACACAUGGUUAAUUCCAAGAAAUAUUCAGGAUAAUUGUUCACAUAUUGGCCAUUUUAAGAUCGUUUAUGGAAUGAACUGGGUCGGUACUGUGUCUAAUAUCACCGUGGGACUGUUUGGGUGGGGAGGUAGGGUGGGAGAAUAACCAAUUUUCACCCAGUUCCCUGCUCAACCUUGCAAUAGCCAAUAAGAGCGAUUGUGUUCCCAAAACUGUCCCAGAGUUCAAUUCGUUUCUGUACCGUCCCAGGCUCACGCGGGAAGUCAAAAUGGCCACAUCAGGUCACUACAGGUGUUUUCUAGAAGCGCGAACUAGAAUUCCCUCUGUUUUUAAAAUAGUGUUGCACUCAACUCUUUGAGACGAUCGUUGGAACCGUUUAUAACUGUUACCCUAGAGAGGCGUUCGCCUUGUAGAGAGUGCUAGGCGAAAACUUUAGAUGUCCAUUUUAAUGAACUGUUAGUUUGCUUUCACAUUCACACACAGGCAGAUACACACAGUAGCGCGGCUCGCUUGUUCGAAAAAUGCGCCUGCACUGAAGGCCAUGUGUCACGUGAUAAACUAGCCCGCCGUGAAUCAAAUUCUGAGCUGCGUUAAAAAAAAUGGAUUCGAACCAUUACUGAGCUUUGUGAUUAGGCUUCUUCUCUUCUUUCAUUCAAUUACUGUUGCUUUUUCCGCAGGUUUUAUUCAACAACUCAAAAGCAUCUAACAGUGAGUGGCUUUUUCUAUGAUAUGACAAGUGAAGUAAAGAAAAGAAACUUUCGUGCUGGUGAACCUUUCUGGAACAGCUUUGUUCGAAGCGAUCGCCAAAUUUGGUGCACAGUAUUACGUAUGUGUUAGUAUACAGGCAACGGAAACGACAACAAAGUUUUGAGGGCUUUGCUUUUUUUGUGUGCGUGAAUGUUGGCCAGAAAACUGUUUAUGCAGCAGCUAAGAGCAACGUUUCAUCAGACAUCGAGGAGUUAUCGGGUUGACCAUGUCCACUCUUCCUUGUCAAUUGUUUACUCUUUGUGAGUUUGGACCAGUUUGGAACUUAGAGCUACCCAAUUUAGAGGUUAAGCCGGCAGUUUUUUUUACGGUAUUUUCCAGCCUACGAAAUGACAUCAAAUUUUGACCCCAAUUUUAGACAAACACCACUUAGCUACACAGGAAAAUCGACAAGUAGUUACAGCCUAUUUCAAAUCAAACACUUCGAAAGGUAAAUACACUAUACGAACAUUAUGUUUUGUUGAAGAUACUGCAGGAAAUGUGAAGGACGAUGACGCUGACAAUGAUGAUGGCGAGGAUGAUGAGAAUAGAAGUGAUGACGAUGAUAUUGAUGACUUUGACGAGGAAAAUGACUCUAAAUCAGAGGUUAACCACUAGAAAAAAGUAAAUGAUGAGCUACAGAAAGAAACAAGAAAAAGAAAAGCGUUGGACACUGCUGAGGAAGAAUCGCCAAAAAAGAAGGUUUGUUUUUAUUUUCAGUCUUCAUGUCUGGCCUUGCAAAAAGUUGAAUGAAAAUGGUCCCAUAUAUUUGACAAGCUGACCGAGUUGGAAGAAUCGUGAAAAAGUUUCUAAUAACACGAAAGUACUUUAUAAAUGACGUUUUUGCGGCUGUAGCCGUCCUGUUAGGUUAAGCUGCCUAAUAGCUUCUUGUCAUUGACUGAUAUUCGUUGUUCUUUUCUCAGUCAAAGCCUGCUUGUAAAUAUGGAUCAAAAUGCUAUCAACAGAGCGAGUACCACCGACAGAAAUUCAGUCAUCCUAAAGUAAGUAAAUGAGGUGUGAAAAAACCAGUUUUUGACACGCACUGCCUUUUGUGCCGAGCUGAUUUUUUACAACAGAAAAAAGCUGCAAAUUAAUCAAUGUAACACUUCGUGUCAAACCGGAAAACUGAAAGAAACAAAAGGAAGAAAGAAAGAAGCACACACAACUUUUCACGCAAAUGUUAUAAUGAGGUUUGUUUUGCAAGCUGUAAGAAAAUUUUAGUUUUCAUAACAAUAAAAAGCUAAGUUUACUUGCAAAUAAAACUAGCAAAUGUACUUUUGUACAUCAGUAUAGAGAGGUUUUAUGACCGGGGCAAAAGCACGGAAUCUCUGUUUAUUUGAAUUUUCGCUUUUUUGUAAUUUCGCAGGAAAAUGAAGUUGUUGACAGUCCAAGCAAAGGGCAGGUAAGUAAGGCUCGUAAUUAUUGGAAACAUUUAUAAUUUUUGAGUCAGUUUUGAAUUAUUUUCAAAACCAUUAACUCUGGUAAAUUGUUAUUCUUUUCGUUUGUUUUAGUAAUGUGUAUUAUAAUCUACAGUUUCUGUUAUGCAAAGAAUUUACUUUGACAUCCUUUUCAUUUUUUACAGCGCUUGAAAGACAUCUUUCAUGGACUGACAAUUUUCCUCUCGAAAGACCUUGAAGAUCAGCGAAACUCAAAAGAUAUAUUAUUGCGUAUCCUUUGAAAUACCUUUUAGUCUAAUGAAAUAAAAACUGAGCCAGGAAAACGUAUGUCGCUUUAGUCGACAGCGUGCGGAACAACGCGUUUCUGUGUUUCGUAUCCAAAAUAGGAUUUGCAAUGUUUUGAAUCCGCACUCGGCUUGAAUUCAGCGGAUUUAAUCAGUGUUUCUUUAGGGAGAUAUUUGAAGAGAGGAAUUUCCGCUUGAAAUUUGGCCAGCGGAAUGCAAAAUGCCCUACCAACCCCUGGUACAGGCUGUGAAUCCGUCUUUGGUUUUGCCGUCUUUAACCGUGACCAGUUUUCAUCCAUCAGUUACCUUGAAUCUGCAUUCAGAAUUUUUGCAAAGAAACGCAGCUUAAUCACCGCAAUUGCAAUUUUUCCCGCGCUUCUUGUCUACCGUGCUUUAAUCAUAAGCUUUCAUCUAUAAAACUGGACAACCUGGUUUUUAACCAUUCUUAACAACAUGACUGGAUAGUUAUGACGGAGAUUUGGCGGAGGAAUUUGAAAAGACCAGUGCAACACAUAUUGUAAGCAACAAUAAGGUAAGAAGAUAAAAAAUAUUUUGCGCACGUUUACUUUCUGUCGCCUUAGUGUGGUAAACUUCACUGCGAACAGUUUCUUAUUUAUAAAUUUUUGUAGGCCUUUAUAGGACCGGACUAGAAACGGGCAGACAAAUCGCAAAAAUAAAAAUGAGACAAAGAAAGAAAGAAAGAAAAACGGAAGAAGAAAAAUUUGCAAAGAAUAAAGAGGGAAGAAACUCAAAAUGCAAGCGUGUAUUAUGGAAAACGUGAAGGCGGGGAAUAGACUCUGUACAAUCCUCCGCCCCCUCUCCACCCCUCUUCCCAUGUUCUUUCUCUUCGACAUUGGAAGCAACGCUUUGGAGGUGAUAAGCUAAGAUAUUUUAUUAGCGAUGUAACCGAUGCCCGCUGUUCUUAUCGUGUCUGCUCUUUCUUUUUUAGGAUGGACGAAAGGGGCAAGGAUCGACCAAGGUUGUGUCGCCAUCAUGGAUUUGGUAGUGUAUUAAGAAGGGCCGUAUCGUACCAGUUACUAAAUUUCUUGUAUAAAUUUACAGCAUUCGAUCACUUUGACGGUUUUCAAUUCCUUUCAGGAUCAACUGUUUGGAUAAUUACAGAACACCUCCAAGUCUUAAAUCGCGCCUCCAAGUGAGGUUGGUCAAAGACCAUUCAGAAAAAGAGUUUACCGAGGCUGAUGGAAUACUUCAACCAUUAAAAUGAAUGUUACGUAAUUAUAGAUUUACCUCGCCAAACGAAAAUGUGAUAGCUGAUAAUUGCUCCUUUGACCGAACAUUAUAAAAGUUUGAAAAAUGGAAUUUCACUUAGUUUUAUACCGCCUUGUGAAUCUCAUCCCUCUUGAGAUUUUCAAUAACAACUGUCUACUUACACGAAGAAAAGGUAUGUCAAUAAAAGACGAGGCCCGCCCAAAUAGCCUAAAAACAAAUGAGAAUAAAACUGUCUUAAUUCUUGACUCGUACUAUAAUAAUACUAAUUUAAAUUUGUGAAAAAAUAAAUUCAUUUGAAAGAGAGCACUUUACCGAAGUGUCUGUAAAAAAUAACAAGUGACAAUUCAGAAGGAAAUCCAGUUCUCUGUCUUUUAAGCGAACUCUAGCAGAUAACAAUCCGAUUACAGCUUCUAAACUGACAAUAAAAAGAUACCACCGUUUUAAAGUUACUUUAUAUUUUGACUUUUAUACCUCAUUGCUUUUUUUACCUCUUUGUGGCCCAAAGGCUGACAGAAACGUAAGAUUUUAGUAAAAACUUUCUACAACUGCCAUUUGUUCUGGAGGAUUUUGUUGCACAGUAUCAGGGUUGACUUAGCCAAAGGUUGAUUAAUGUAUUUGCUGGAAACACACACAUUAACAACCUCUAUAUUGGACAAAAUAGACGCAAAAUUUACUCGUAAAAGGACGGGGAAAUGGCGCGUUUUGGCUUUCGCGUGGUCUUUUGAGCCACCGGGGAGUUGCUUUCCCAGCGAUAAUCUGUCCAAGGAUUGUACGCGUUUGUAACGUGUUGAGUGUACACAAAUAUUUAAAAAAACUUCAGUAGUCCAUGCUUUAACCUGCCUAGCAAACUUUUCCGAACGAAUUAGGGAGAGAAAGCCCCUUCAUUCCUCAUUUUUUUCUCUCCCCAACUUUCGCGCGGAAUCUCCUGCCGACAAGUUACCCAUCCUUCAAAGAGCUGAUUAACAAUUCUCGGAAAUACAGGAUGUUUUUUAUUCUUCCAUCAAACCAUCAAAACAUGUCAAGAGACUCUAUUUGAUUGGCUAAUAAUAAAGAGUUUAGUCUGGGUCACAAGACAAGAGUUCAUUGUAUAUUCGCAAAGGCAUAAAUCUCCUUGAUCGUCAACACUUAGGUCCAAAUUUUUAAAAAGUAAACUUGUUUCCGACCUUUACCAUGGAUAUAAAGACCUUGCUCGACAAUCUUCAUGAUGAAGUAUCCUGUUCUGUGUGUAUGUGUCCAUUUACUGAUCCAAAGCAGUUGCCUUGUUUGCACAGUUUCUGUCUUGACUGCCUGAACGGAAUUCAACGAACGAGCGGCGUCCGUGGUAAAAUUACGUGCCCUGAGUGUAGGAGACAGUUUCAAAUCCCUGGAAGUGGAAAUCCCAGCGAACUUCCCACCAAUUUUCGAAUAAACAGCCUGCUAGAUGUCUUGGCAAUUAAAGAGUGCAGUGCCGUCAACGUCAAAUGCAGAAACUGCGACAAACGUAGCGCCCAGACCUUAUAUUGCUUCCAGUGUUGUUCCUUCUGGUGUGAAGAAUGUAUUGUAGGACAUAACAUAAUUCGAGAAAAUAAAGAUCACCGAACUCUAGCGCUGAAAGAUUUUCAAGAUCAAGACAUCAAAGCUGUUUUAGAGCGACCAGCAUUUUGCCAGAAGAAACACCAUGAAAACAAAGAGUUGGAGUUCUUUUGCAAGGGCUGUAAAGUCGCCAUUUGCAACACUUGCGCUGUAACACUUCAUGAAGGUCAUGGUAAGAUGCCCUUGCAAGAAGCUACUGAUGAGCGCAAAACACAGAUAGACUCCAUGAUUCGAUCUUUGAAAGACAAAGUAGUGGAAAAACAAAGAGAAGUCGAACAAUUCAACCAAAGAAGCAUCGCAUUUCAAUCGAAAGUAACCGAGGUAAAAAGCCAAGUGCAGUCUUGUGUAGACCAAAUUAUUGCAAUCAUCGAAGCGAGAAAACAAGACGUUUUUGAUGCAGUCGAUAAUCAAGCGGCAAAAUCACUGGAAUCUCUCUCACAGAAAAAAGAAGCAGUGGAAAAACAACUAAAAAUAAUUGAAUCCGCAAUUGAACAAACUGAAACUCUGUUGAAACGAAGCUUUAGCACUGAAAUCCUUGGAUUCAGUGAAACAUUUGAUACAAUCCUGCAGGAACAGAGCACUCAAGAAACCCGUGACACUGAAUCUAUUCCUCGGUUUAGUUUCACUAAAAGUGAAAAACUGAUUAACCUGUUGAGCAUGAGCGAGGGGAUAGGUAAAGUAGAAUUUGUUUUUAGCGAACCUAAAGCGCAACAAUCAGGAACUAAAAAUAAAGAAAGUAGUAAAGUAAUUGCUGGGAUUAAAGGGGCAAAUGUCCGUGAUAGUCCUUUUGAGACUCAGGUACAAACGAGGCGUUUCAGAUCUGUGCUGUCAUUUGGACAAAAAGGUGAGUCUGUUGGAAUGCUUAACGGACCCUGGGGGGUGGCAGUGAAUGAUCAUGAUGAAAUGGCUGUGACUGACCUCUGGAACCACAGGGUUUCAGUGUUUAGUAGUGACGGUACCCACUUAAGAUCGUUUGGUAGACCCGGUAACAAUAAUGGUGCUUUCUAUUACCCUUCAGGGAUCGCUUUUGAUAGUCAUGGCAAUAUUGUAGUGGCAGACUGUGCUAACCACAGGGUGCAAGUCUUUGAUAGGAAUGGUAACUUUCUUAGUAUGUUUGGUGAACAAGGAAGUCGCGAUAAUCAGCUUCAACACCCUCGAGGUUUAUCAAUAAACGGCAACGGUGAUAUUAUUGUUGCUGAUACCGGUAACAAAUUAAUCAAGAUAUUCUCCUCUAGUCACAACUAUUUACGUAAAUUUGGUGGAGCAGGUUUAUUGGUCACUCCCUAUCACUGCAUCCAACACGGUCAAUAUUUUAUAGUCUCAGAUUUCAGUGAUCAUUCCAUUAAAAUGUUUGAUCUUGAGGGAAAAUUUAUUUCUAAAUUUGGAAAACAGGGGAACAAGGAUGGAGAGUUCGAUCAGCCCCGUUACUUGUCAGUUAACAAAGAAGGAUUGCUAAUGGUCUGUGAUGCAAGAAAUCACAGAGUUCAAGUAUUUGAACUGAGUGGAAAGUUUGUUACAAACUUUGGAAGUGAAGGUAGCGGGAGAGGAGAGUUUAAGUGUCCAGUGUCUACAGCAAAUCUUAGUGAUGGAAGGAUAGUUGUGUGUGAGAAGGAGAACAACCGAAUCCAGGUUUUUGACCAGUUAUAA